AUGCCUUCAGCAUGCCCUGUCGACGACCCUGCCCUCGAACCCGUCGACACCAUACCCAAUCGAACGCAGAUACCGCCGACGAGGAUCCCACCAUACCCUCUUGCUUCCGCGAAUCAGCCUUUCCUCGUUCCUAAACUCAGUUUUUUUGACCCUUCAUGCCACAAGGGCUCAUACCCACCUGCAACCGCUACCCUAUCUAGAAAGUCGUGGUUCUCGGAAAUUCUACCGGACGUUGCGAAUGUCGAUACUUUUGAUUACCUUGUUGUCGGCGGAGGAAAUGCAGGGCUGACUGUUGCAAGUCGCCUCAGCGAAGACCCAGCUGUGUCCGUAGUCGUUCUAGAAGCUGGGCCAAAUGCUGAACAUCUUCCCGAGGUGUACAUCCCCGGACUAGUCGGCUUCGGCCAGUCAUUCACGACGUUAAACUGGGCGUAUCAGACGGUGCCACAGGAACACCUUGGAGGAAGACGGACAACGAUAGGCGCUGGGAAAGUGCUCGGCGGGAGCACCAUCAUUAACAGCAUGAUAUUCCCCCGCGCCGAGAAGGAGCAGUACGAUGCCUGGGGCACUCUUAAUAACGACGACACGUCUUGGACGUGGGACGCCCUUCUGCCCUACUUCAAGCGUUCGGAGACGAUCAUACCACCGACUCUGUCCCAGCUCGCCGAUGGGGUUCGAUACCAACCCGACGCGCACGGAGCGCCCAGCGGCGCCACCAUCGACAAUCCGAAGAAGGAAGGCCGUGUCAAAGUCGGCUUUCCAAACUUUAUCUACCCGCAAUCGCAAAUGUGGCAUGAAGCAUCUGGCUUAAGACCUUCGCCCGACUUGUCCAAUGGUGAUCCACAAGGACACGUAGGCAUUUCCAUCAAUUCUCUCGACGCUAGAAAUAAUACACGGUGUUCUUCCGUAUGCGCCUACUACACACCCAAUGCCGAUCGUCCAAAUCUCACAGUGAUGACCAACGUAACCGUCACUCGCAUUCUGUGGGACCAAUCCCAACACCACACCGCACAAUCCCCGAUUUCAUCAGGAGAGUAUCGUCCUCUGAGAGCUGCAGGCGUCGAGUUGACUUCGUCAGACGGUGUUGUACGUACUCUGCGGGUCGCAAAAGAAGUUUUGCUCGCAGCAGGCGCCAUUGCGAGUCCGAAGAUCCUGGAGCUAUCAGGAGUUGGGAAUGCGACGAUCCUCACAUCUGCGGGAAUAAAACCCGUGCUUGGGCUAUCCACGGUAGGCGAGAAUCUUGCUGAUCAUGUCCAUGGUUGGGCCAACGCCUUCACGAACGCCUCUGUCACGCGAGACAUGCUACGCCUGGAUCCUGUGUUUGAGAAAGAACAAGGAGAGUUGUGGUAUCAUAAUCGCACAGGCGUCUUGUCGGCCGCUCCGCGAUCACUUGGACUCGUCGCCGCCUCCACUCUCUUUCCAUCCUCCGACCUCAGGAAUAUCCUUCAGGCUGCUAGAGAUAACAUCAAACUCUACGCCAACCGCUUCUCAAACGGGAACGAGAAUUUGGCAAAGGGUAUAGAAAUGCAGCAUUCUCUGAUGCUGGACCUCUGGCUCAAGGACCGUGCCGCACCCGUGGAAAUCAAUUAUGAACCCGGUUACUCGGGCCCAACAUCUUUCGAAGACCGUCCACGGAGGAAAUAUUCCUCUGUUAAUGCCGUCCUCUUCAGCACCCUCUCUCGUGGACGUACGCAUAUUAGCUCUUCUGACCCGCUUGCCCUACCAGCGAUCGACCCUGCGUACUAUGCGCACCCUCUGGACUUUGCUACGCACGUGAGGAGUAUCGAGCUUGGGAGGAAGAUGUUAAGGACUACGCCGCUUGACACCAUCUACGAAGAAGAGUACGAACCAGGACCGGAUAGAAGUGUAGAGUUAUAUGCGAGAGAGGUCGCGGCGAGUGACAAUCAUGUUGUGGGUUCACUGGCGAUGAUGCCUCAGGAGCUUGGUGGGGUGGUUGACACGAGGUUGAGGGUGUAUGGAAUCGAGAACGUGCGCGUCGUGGAUGCCUCGAUUAUUCCUUUCCCGAUCAGUGGGCAUAUUUGUUCGACAGUAUACAUGAUUGCAGAGAAGGCCGCUGAUAUGAUCAAAGAGGAUGCUUCGAACUCGUAG